CCAUCCAUCUUAAUUCUUGAGCAAAUGGAUAGCUACACUCACUAUUUACUCCUUUUGUUCUUGGCCUCUUCAUAUCUUCACACCAGCAACCUAUGUUUCUGUUUGGGUGAUGAACUUCCAAGCAGUGUGAACUCAUCAUGCAUCGAUGAAGAAAGACGAGCGCUCGUCAGCUUUAAAGAGGAUAUCGUUGAUCCUUCUGGUAGGCUUUCUUCUUGGGUGGGCAACGAUUGCUGUCAAUGGAGUGGUAUUUCAUGCAACAACCGCACGGGUCUCGUCGAAAAGAUGGAUCUUCGGAAUCUGUAUAAGUCGCCCCUUGGUGUCGAAGAGUGGGAAGAUCCGGCUUAUGAAAGUUCUUGCUUGGGUGGUAAGAUAAGUCCAUCUCUGCUUGUCUUGAAUCAUUUAUAUUACCUAGACCUUAGUAGAAGUCACUUCGUAGGGAUUCAAAUUCCUAUGUUCCUUGGGAAGCUUACAAGUCUGAGGUAUCUCAAUCUCUCCUCGGCAUCUUUGGGAGGAGAGAUUCCGCCUUCUCUUGGUAACUUGUCAAACUUGAACUAUCUUGACCUCAAUCGGAAUUCCGACUUGAAUUCCACAAACUUGAAUUGGCUUUCUCAUCUCUCUUCCCUAAAGUACCUUAAUCUCGGAGAAGUGGACCUUAGUAACACAGGAGUAAGUUGGCUACCCGCUGUCAACACAAUUCCUUCACUGUUAGAAUUGCACUUGUCACUUUGCCGGAUCAGUGGAAGCCUUCCCCUUUCGUUGCCCACAAUUAACUUUACAUCCCUUUUGAUCCUUGAUUUGUCAGAGAAUUUUCUAAAUUCUUCGAUUCCGGGAUGGUUUUUUAAUCUUACUAGCCUCAGGUUACUUAACCUAAGGGGGAACUCUUUCAGCGGUCCAUUUCCUGGUGAGGUUGAAAACCUCAAAUCUCUAGAAGUCCUUGAUUUGUCUGCUAUGGGACUUGAAGGUCGAAUUCCCAAACUCAUUGGAAACUUGUGCAAUCUAAAGACAUUAAAUCUUGCGGGAAAUAGAUUUGAUGGGGGUUUUGAGGACUUGUUGAAUGGUUUCUCAUAUUGCACAAGUAAUUCAUUAGAGUCAAUAGAUGUGUCUUCAAAUAGGUUGGUGAGUGAAUUGCCUACCUCCUUGGGAAUGCUAAAAAACCUGCAACAUCUUCACCUCACCCUGAACUCUUUUUGGGGCUCUAUUCCAGAAUCUAUUGGAAACUUGUCAUCCUUGGAAACACUAGAUCUCUUUGCAAAUCAAAUGAACGGGUCGAUACCUGAAAGUUUUGGACAACUCUCUAAACUAGUUCACCUAGAUCUUUCUUUGAAUUCGUGGGAAGGCAUUUUAAGGGAAGCACAUAUGAUAAACCUAACAAGUUUAGAGUACAUGGCACUAGACACAGACCGACCCAUGUCCCUCAUUUUUAAUGUGAGUCAUGAGUGGGUUCCUCCUUUCAAGCUACAAACAAUUCAAAUUAGAGACUGUCAAGUAGGUACUUUUGGCGUAUGGCUUCAAUCCCAAACUGAACUAGAGUAUGUCACCCUUCAUAAUACUAGAAUUUUGGAUUUCAUACCAAAUGAAUGGUUUUUGAAGAUAUCUUCCCGAGUUGAAUAUUUGGAUUUAUCUUACAACCAAAUCCAUGGAAAGCUUCCAUUCCAUCUGAAAUUUCCAAAACUAGGAGCUAUAUAUUUGAGUCAUAAUCAAUUUGAGGGCUCACUUCCACUUUGGUCUACUAAUGCCAGCCUCCUUGGUCUUGAAAGCAAUUCAUUUUCCGGGCCAAUACCCUCGAACUUUGACCAAUUGUUUCCCAACAUGAAGGAAUUGUAUCUAUCCGAUAAUCAAUUCAAUGGUACUAUUCCACCCUCUAUUUGCAACAUCCAAAGCUUGUCAAUCUUUUCAGCAAGAAGCAAUCACUUAUCUGGGGAGUUCCCUCAAGCUUGGAGUUUGUGGCCACAAAUAUUCAUAAUAGAUGUAGGGAACAACAGUCUUUCCGGUAAUAUCCCCACUUCUUUGGGUGUACCGAGAUCUCUUCUUAUGUUGAUCAUGAACAACAACAAUUUUGUAGGGAACAUUCCAUCUUCCUUCAAAAAUUGUUCUUUUAUGAGGGUUGAUCUUGGAGGCAACAGAUUUACAGGAGAAAUACCUUUAUGGAUCGGCAACAUGACCGGUUUGUCCAUGCUUCGAUUGAGGUCCAAUUUUCUAGCCGGACACAUCCCUCACCAGUUGUGCUAUCUCACCGACCUGCAUAUCCUAGACCUUGGUCACAACAACUUUUCAGGGACUAUUCCCAAGUGUUUGAAUAACUUGACUUUCCUAACAUUCCGUGACAGCCACCAAACGGAUUACAUAUAUACAGGAGAAUCAACAAGGAUGACACUGAAAGGAAGUGAACUCGACUAUACAAUCAGCAACUUGUACUUGGUGAAGAGCAUUGAUCUUUCAUCAAAUAAUUUAGAAGGUGGAAUUCCUGAACAAAUAAGCAGCCUCGUUGGAUUGGGAGCCCUAAACUUGUCGAUGAAUCAAUUGAGUGGAAAUAUUUCCACCAAGAUUGGAAACUUGCGUUGGUUGGAAACUCUUGAUCUCUCACACAACCAUCUUUCGGGACAGAUUCCUCAAAGCUUGUCUUCUUUGACAUUUUUGUCACACUUGAACUUGUCUUAUAACAACCUGUCCGGAAGUAUCCCUUCAGGCCCCCAACUCCAAACACAAGAGAAUUCAUCAUAUGUGGGGAAUCCAUCGCUCUGUGGAUUUCCUCUUUCAACCAAGUGCGAGGGGUAUGACACACCUACACAACAAACUUUGCUCGGAGGGGACAGUGAAGAUGAAGAUGACAACGGGAAGCUUGGUUUCUAUAUCAGCAUGGUCCUUGGGUUUGUCAUAAGCUUUUGGGGCGUUUGUGGCACUUUGCUCCUGAAGAAGUCAUGGAGGUAUGCUUAUUUUCAAUUCUUUGACAACAUCAAAGACAAAAUAGCACUGGCAAUUGCAUUGAAAGUCGCUCAUUUUCAAAGAAGGUUUUGAUUUGGAAAAGAAACAAUAAAAGUUGUAAUACAGUUUGCAUGAUGUAUGUUCAAUCUAUCUUGUAAUGUAUAAUGUAUUGUAAUGCAAUGUAUUUGUAGUCAAUAAAUCAAAUCAAGUACGAUGCCAUCUUGAUAUUUUAA